AAGCGUUUCACUAUGGGUAACCCCUGAGACUUCAACAUUUCGAUCAUACCACCCCGGGAAACCCAGAACUAGGCCAGACAAAGAGGGUGUUCCAUCCAGAGCAUAUGUAGCAUUCAGGAACGCGGAACAAGUUGCAGUGUUCAGCCGCGAAUAUGAUGGCCAUCUGUUUCGCGAUAUGCAAGGAAACGAAAGUUUUGCUGUUGUAGAGUUUGCGCCAUAUCAAAAGACCCAACCGGAACGUAAGAAGCAUGAUGCGCGCUCGGGAACCAUACAUCAAGACGAAGACUAUCUUUCUUUCCUGGAGAGCUUAAAUUCUGAUGCAGAUGCCAAACCUCAGGCUGUGGAGACUUUAACAUCAAAUGGUACGAGGUUAUUCACGUCCCUCUUGUGAACUUACUCGUGAUCAGUAGCUGCAGAAGAUUCUAACUCGACGCCGCUUCUGGAGGCGCUCAAAGCUGGAAAAGCAGCUGCUCGAGAUGCAGCCAAUAUUUUGUCGUAUCAUGGUCAUUACACUGGGGCGGAUCGACGUCAGGCAGCCAAAGCCGCUAAGGAAGCCGCCAA